AUUCCUUAACGUCCUUGUCGGCUGUGCGAUCCUCGGUGGAAGAUUAUAUUUUUCCCUCCUGUAUUUUGAAAUCGACAAAAUGCGAGAGUGUAUCAGCAUUCACAUAGGCCAGGCCGGCGUACAGAUGGGCAAUGCCUGCUGGGAACUCUACUGCCUGGAGCAUGGCAUUCAACCUGACGGAGUGAUGCCCUCGGACAAGACCAUAGGCGGCGGUGACGAUUCCUUCAACACCUUCUUCAGCGAGACGUCUUCAGGAAAACAUGUUCCUCGCGCGGUCUUUGUGGAUUUGGAGCCUUCGGUUGUGGACGAGGUACGCACGGGAAUGUAUCGUCAGCUGUUUCAUCCCGAACAGCUGAUCACGGGCAAGGAGGACGCGGCCAAUAACUACGCCCGUGGACACUACACUAUAGGGAAGGAGCUGGUCGACUUGGUGCCCGACAAGAUACGGAAAAUUGCCGACAUGUGCACAGGACUUCAGGGCUUUCUGAUCUUCCACUCCUUCGGCGGCGGCACAGGAUCCGGGUUCACGUCCCUGCUGAUGGAACGCCUCUCGGUCGACUACGGCAAGAAGAGCAAGCUGGAGUUCGCCAUCUAUCCGGCUCCUCAGGUCGCAACAGCGGUCGUGGAGCCUUACAACUCCAUCCUGACGACCCACACGACCCUCGAGCACUCCGACUGCGCUUUCAUGGUCGACAAUGAAGCCAUCUACGACAUCUGCAGGAGGAACUUGGACAUCGAACGUCCCUCCUACACGAAUCUCAACCGUCUCAUUGGCCAGAUCGUUUCUUCCAUUACGGCGUCGCUCAGGUUCGACGGUGCUCUGAAUGUUGACCUGACAGAAUUCCAGACGAAUCUCGUACCCUAUCCACGUAUACACUUCCCUCUAGUAACUUAUGCUCCUGUUAUAUCAGCGGAAAAGGUGUACCACGAGCAGUUGUCUGUGGCUGAGAUCACCAAUGCUUGUUUUGAACCUGCUAAUCAGAUGGUAAAAUGUGACCCUCGCCACGGCAAGUACAUGGCCUGUUGCCUGCUCUUCCGUGGGGACGUCGUGCCCAAGGACGUCAAUGCUGCAAUUGCCUCGAUCAAGACAAAGCGUAUGAUUCAGUUCGUGGAUUGGUGUCCUACAGGGUUUAAGGUGGGCAUUAACUACCAACCUCCAACCAUCGUACCCGGCGGGGACCUAGCCAAGGUUUCUCGAGCCGUGUGCAUGCUUUCGAACACCACCGCCAUCGCCGAGGCCUGGGCGCGUCUCGACCACAAGUUCGACCUCAUGUACGCCAAAAGGGCCUUCGUGCACUGGUACGUGGGCGAAGGCAUGGAAGAAGGCGAGUUCUCGGAGGCUCGUGAGGACCUUGCUGCUCUGGAGAAGGACUACGAGGAGGUCGGCGUCGAUUCCGCUGAGGCUGACGGGGAAGUGGAGGGUGACGAGUAUUAAGGCUGAUGUUUAUUUUUUUUAUAUUUUUUUUUUUUUUGUCGUGUUUAUUUAUUUAUUUUUUGUUUUGUUUGUUGUUUUGUUUUGUUGUUUUUGCUUCUUUGUGGAAGUGUUUUUAAAAGAAUUUGUAAGUGUGGUUAUGUUACUUUUUCCCCCUUAUUUGUGUACACUUUUGUUUUAUCUUUUGUCAUUUCUCGUUAUGUAAGACUCAUGGAUAACAUUUUGUUUUAUUUGUUUAAUUAUUACUACUGUUAUUAUUAUUAUUUCUCUUCCUCCUCCUUUGUCUCCUCCUCGCUUUCUUUUCUACUUUCAUUUUAUUGAUUUAUUCAUUGAACUUUUAAUUUAUAUUAAUAUUUAUCUCAUUAUUGAUUUAUUUAUUCAUUCUUACAUACUUGUAAUUAAGCACGUGGUUUAGUAUGGUUGCAAUUCCCGGAUCUUUGUUUAAGAAAGGUGACUUGUCUAAACGUAGUCUGUAAGUUGAGCAAAAGUGCAAUUGAAAUGUGCGAUGUUUGCAGCUACUGUCCGGUUUCCUGUAAACUGAAUACAUUACCAGUGGUAUCCACGGGC